GCGGGAGGGGAAAAAAAUAUAAUUUUGAAUUUGGUGAUUUGAAUAAAAAAAAAACGUGUUGGCCAUUAACAAUUCUUGUUCGUGGCUCCAACGACUUGGAAGAAACUGAUUUCAUCUAUUUCUUGAAUUGAAUAUGUUUGAUAAAAUGAAAAACCAUGUUGGAUUUCAUUCUUUGUCGGCAUCUGAUCGGAGAUCGCGAUUUGCUGCAGCCAUUAAUGUGGUCUAAGUCCGAUAAUAAACCGGACGGAUCUGAGAUAUUUAGCAACUCGUCAAAAGGGGAAAACGAUUGUCACGGAGGAAUGAACGUAAACGCACCAAAUUUCGUGAAAAAUCCUCCGGAUUCUCUCAGAAGAAUCGAUCAAAUCGCCAAAAACGGCAUAAAUUCCGGGAAUCAGACGGCGACGAUGAACCACGAGUUUCAUUCCGGGCAGGCAGGGGGGUCGAUUGCGCCGAUUCCGAGCGGUGCACCUGCAACAAACAUGAAGUACAUCAACAAUAACAACUCUACUUUCUUUCCGACGAAGAGCGGCUGCGAUGGCAUGGAGACGCUAGGAAUGGUGAUUAAACCGCACACAGGCGGGGAUGUGCGAUGGGACGCUGUGAACAUGGUGUCGAAAGGAGGCCAGUUGAAUCUGAGCCAUUUCAGGCUUCUGAAGCGGCUUGGUUAUGGCGAUAUCGGAAGUGUUUAUCUGGUGGAAUUGAGAGGAACUGAUACGUUUUUCGCCAUGAAAGUUAUGGACAAAGCUUCAUUGGCGAGUCGGAAUAAGGUUGUUAGGGCACAGACGGAGAGGGAGAUUUUAGGGCUUUUGGAUCAUCCAUUUUUGCCGACUCUGUAUUCCUAUUUCGAAACUGAUAAGUUCUAUUGCUUGGUUAUGGAGUUUUGUAGCGGCGGAAAUCUUCAUUCUCUUCGUCAGAAACAACCUAACAAGUAUUUCACAGAAGAAGCUGCCAGAUUCUAUGCAUCAGAAGUUCUAUUGGCACUCGAAUAUCUUCACAUGUUAGGAAUAGUUUACAGAGAUUUGAAACCAGAGAACCUGUUAAUCCGAGACGAAGGUCACAUCAUGCUCUCCGAUUUCGACCUCUCUCUCCGCUGCUCCGUCAGCCCUACUCUCGUCAAAUCCUCCUCCGUCAAUGUCAAUGGCAGCUCCACUACAGGACACGCCGGCACGAACGGUGGCGGCAGCGGCAGCGGCAGCGGCGGUAUCCUCGACGACGAGUUCGCCGUCCAUGGAUGUAUGCAGCCUUCCAACUUCCUCCCUCGCAUCCUCCCUUCCAAGAAGAAUCGCAAGUCGAAAUCCGACUUCGGCCUCUUCGUCGGCGGAGCAUUGCCGGAACUCAUGGCGGAGCCGACGAAUGUUAGAUCGAUGUCGUUUGUCGGCACGCACGAGUAUUUAGCGCCGGAGAUCAUCCAAGGCGAAGGCCAUGGCAGCGCCGUUGACUGGUGGACAUUUGGAAUCUUCCUCUACGAGCUUCUUCACGGAACAACGCCGUUUAAAGGAUCUGGAAAUAGAGCUACUCUGUUUAAUGUUGUCGGACAGCCGCUUAGAUUCCCGGAGACGCCGCAGGUGAGUCUACAGGCGAGGGAUCUGAUCAGAGGCCUUCUUGUGAAGGAGCCGCAAAAGAGAAUCGCGUACAGAAGAGGCGCUACUGAGAUUAAACAGCAUCCGUUCUUCGAUGGAGUGAACUGGGCGUUGGUGAGAAGCGCUAUGCCGCCGCACGUGCCGGAGCCGGUCGACUUCUCACAGUUCGCCCGUAAGAAGAGCGGUGGAGGCAGUGGCGGUGGAGCGGUAGAAGUAGCAGCGACGGCGGCAUCACCUGGGGAGAGUCCUUCGCCUUCUACUGGACGCGAUCCCAAUUAUGUGGAUUUUGAAUACUUCUAGGCAGGAAAAAGGUGAAAAUUUAUUCAUUUAUUUUAUAAUCUUUUUAUUCAGAUGAAUAUUAUUAUUUUAACAUAAAU